AUGUCUUCCAGUCGAACUGCUUCAUACUCACUUGAAGAAGACAUGCACUUGUGCCAUGUAUAUAUUGACAUUUCUCAAGAUCCAAUCAUAGGAAGAAACCAAUCAGGUAACAGUUUUUGGGCAAGAGUUGAAUCAGAGUACCACAAGAAUGAGAAAUUUAGUAAUCAACCUCGACCACGAAGAUCUUUGCAAACUCGAAUGACUACCAUUAUUGGUGCAGUUGCAAAAUUAAGGGGAUGCAUCAACCAAAUCCAAAAUAAAAAUCCAAGUGGUGCUUCACAAGAAGAUAUUAUAAGUUUAAAUCAAGCGAAGAUGUUAUUAGCCCAAGAAAAAAAAUAUAGCAGAGGCUUCAAAUUUGAUCAUGUGUGGCCCAUACUCAAACACAUUCAGAAAUUUACAAGUGAUGACAACAUCAAUGAACCAAGUAGAUUCCAACAAGAUGAUCCUAAUUUUACUUCGUCAAAAUCAUCAUCUCACAAUUUUGAUUCUCCGACAUCAGCAUCCAUCGGUAUGAGUUCAUUUGAUCUUAAUAUAAAUAAUAAGGAAAUCAUUACUAAUUCAACUGAAAGACCUAUUGGUGUGAAAAAAGCAAAGGCAAAACAAUUAGGUGAUGAUCACUUUAACAAACUAAUGGAACAAAGUAAAAAACUCGUUCAAGUUAUUGAAAAGAGUAACACAGAUAGAAAUGAACGUCAUAAAAGAAAGACUGAAGAUAAAAUUUUAUUCACGGAUUUGGAUUCUAUAUCCGAUCCAGAGUUUCGCCAGUACAUUCAAAGCGAAAAAAGAAGAACUUAA